CAUACAGCAUGAGCCUGUAAAUAGAGGCAGAGAUGAAGAAACAAAGAUAACACAACGCAAAAACAGAAGCAAAUGGCUAUCUUAGCAUCAACAGGACCGACACAAAAAGGGAUAGUGAUAACAGUACCAGUUCUAGUGCUAUCAGUAUCUGUAGCAGCUAUUAUGUUGUUCUUCCUCCUGUCUUCUUUAUCUUCUUGUGAUUGUUCGGUUUCUUCUUCUUCUUCUUCUUCUCCUUCUUUUGGUGGCGCUGAGUUUGGAGAGGUUGUUAAGGAGAGAGUAUCAGCGUCAAAAGAGGAUAUUGAAUGGGUUAAAGACCAGAUCCGUGGUAAUGGAUUGCAUAUGCAAGAUAAUGUUCUUCGUAAAGGGAUUAACCCUCGCACUAGGGCUCAGCAAUUACAAGAUCUUAUUCAGUUUAAGGGUAUCUCACAUUAUGAAGAGGCAGAAUCCAAUAAUCAUACUGCACUUCCUUGCCCUGGUGAGCUCCUCGUAGAAGAGCAUCAUAGUAACUAUGGGGAGCCGUGGGCAGGUGGGCGAGAUGUGUUUGAGUUCCUAGCUGAGUCUGCUCACUUAUCGCCCAUCUCACAAGUGCUUGAGAUUGGAUGUGGCACACUUCGUGUUGGUUUGCAUUUUAUUCGGUAUCUUAGUCCUGGUCACUACCAUUGUCUUGAAAGAGAUGAGCUCUCUCUAAUGGCUGCACUUAGAUAUGAGCUUCCUUCUCAGGGUCUUCUGCACAAACGACCACUGAUUGUACGAGGGAAGAUAUGGAUUUCUAGGUUUGGUUCAGGGGUUGUAUAUGAUUUGAUAUAUGCUAGUGCUGUGUUUCUUCACAUGCCUGAUAAGCUUGUCUGGGUUGGACUAGAAAGGCUAGCAAGUAAAUUGAAACCUUAUGACGGACGAAUCUUUGUAUCACAUAAUAUAAAGUUCUGUUCAAGACUGGGAGGUGAGGAAUGUACUAAGAGGCUAACAAAUUUGGGGCUUGAGUAUUUGGGAAAGCAUACCCAUGAUAGCUUGCUUUUUAAUCAUUAUGAAAUUUGGUUCGAGUUUAAAAGGUUCAAAGCUUAAAAGGUGCAGAGUAUAGUUGUCUUGGUUUUGGUUCUGGGUACUGCUGAUGCAAGAGUAAGGCUGCCCUGGCUGUUGUAUGCUCCUUUUUGUUAUUUCUGAUUCAUGCCACAAAUUUAUCAAGAGGUUAGCUUUUCAUCAUGCUGUUGAUAGUUGUAAGUAGAAGGGAGAUUUGAUGAUCUUGAAGAUUUUUAUUAGGGUAGAUAAUCUGUUUGCGGACAUAUUCGGAGAGACUGUUAGUUCUGUGAAAAAAGAAGUAUUACGCGGAACUUCUAUCUUGAGGAUUCACUGAUUGCAUAGGCGCGGGGAACUUUCCCCUAUUAUGUAAUGGCUAAUUUAAAUUUCAAACAUAUUUGUGGAACAGAUAAAUUCUUUCUUGGAUUCAUUUCUUGUUUCUUGAUCA